AUGGAAACGUCUUCCAAGAUACGGCCCUCAGUCUCCGGCAGCUCAAACUCCCUCGACUAUGGUAGCGGCCGAGUAAGGAAAAGAGCAGAGGGUGCUAAGAAUCCCCGGAGUGAACCAGGCUACCUUAAUAGACGAAAACUGCAUAUUGCCACUUUUAACGUUCAAACCCUGCCAAGGGAUGAGAAAUUAUUGGAAUUGGAGGAAGAAUUACAACAUAUAAAAUGGGAUAUUGUGGGUCUAAGUGAGGUAAGAAGAAAGACCGAAAAUCAAAUAGAAUUGAAAUCUGGGAACCUUCUUUAUCAUCAGGGAAAUAACGAAUAUGCUCUGGGCGGUGUAGGCUUUCUGAUUAACAAGAGACAUAUUAAGAACAUCGUAGACAUUGGAAGCAUCAGUCCUAGAGUCAUAUCUAACCCUUCGUUUGAAUAA